UUAUAACUUCAGCUAUGGAAACAUUUUAUAUUAUUACAACUGUGUUUUACCACAUUGUCAUUCAUGAUCUGGUUAUACCAGUUUUAAAAUCAAAUUUAAAUCAACUUUUAUUUUCACAUAUACAAUAAUACACAGUACAACAUAUGCGAAAUUCAUUCUCUGCAUUUAAACCAUCUUAAUUAUGAGCAGUGGGCAUCCAUUGUGCAGUGCCCGGAGACCAACAGUAGAUCUAAUCAACUGGAGAAAUUAACCUAACAUAUAUAUUUUUGAUGGUGGGGGAAACCCAAAAAAACACGGGAAAUACAGAAAUACUCACAUCACUCAAAUAAUCAUAUAUUUGCUUAUAACUACAUUAGUUAUAAACAAAUAUAAGUUAGUUAUAAACCAUUUAUUACAUGUAUAAUAUACUGUUCAUAUAAAUGCAGAGGGGAUCCAAAUAAAGUGUUACCCAAAAUGAAAAAUUACUGAAAUAGAAGUCUGAUUUGAGCCUAAAAUGGGGAAUGAUUUCCAUAGCAACACAUGGGGUGCUGUGUCAAAGCAGGUGUGUGUGUAGACAGGUUAUAAAUGUGAAAACAUCUCGUUUAUCUGCUACAUACUUCUACUCCGCUACAUUUCAGAGUGAGAUUUUCCUGCUUCUUAUUUCUCUUAUUUAUUUGUUAACUUAUGUUACUGGUUACUUUUUAAAUUCAGAUAAGUUAGGUUUGGUAAGUAAAUAGCUAGACAUGCUAUUGUACGUUAUCCGAGGCGAAAUCAGGACAUUUCAACAUUCUCUAGUAGAAGGCAGAGUUAUGAUCACGAUAUCCCAUUUAUAGUGUGACAGGCUAUGCUCCCACAUCAUUUAUUUCCCCCAAAUAUCUAAGAAAAGAGAAGAAACCUGUAGCACGCCUCCAACUCUCUUAGAUGCCAAAGUUGCACCUGGUUCAGGGAAAGAAAUAGCUGGAAGUUUUGCCCAUAAUUUAUGCAAAAUAUCAUAAGACCAGAAAUUAGGUGGAUUAAAACAAGUAACAAAUAAAUGAUGUUUGCAAACACCGUCAUCUGUAUGUGAAAGAGGUCAGAACCCACGAAGAAGCAAAAACCUGAUAACCUGAUAGGCCAAGUUCUCCACUGAACAGUUGUGAGAGAGCAAAUAAAAGCACAAAAUCAAAGUAAUAAAAACACAUGAAUGUGUGUUUAUGGAUCAAUAAACUGAAUUGAUGUGAGGAUGAUUUCGUGUGAGCAAAUAGCAGGCAGCUCUCACAGGUGAUUAUAGCUCGUUAAGGAAGUGAGAUCCAAUAAUUUCAUUAAGAGUUCAGGAAGCAAACAAACCAACGCUGCGGUUGGGAAAUCCGAAUCCCAACUCAGAAUGUUGACACAGUAAAUAAUCAGACCAAUAAAAUUAGAGUGAAGUCUGUCAGAAGGUCAAUAUCUGAAGGGGUACAAAAGGAGGUGGCCUGGACCCUGACAGCCAGUCUGCAGGUCUGAUCUGGUCUCUGAGCAGGAUCUGUCAAGGUGAGUCUCUUCUAGUUGAUGUAAUAUGGGAUGGAAGGUAGAGAUGGAAAAGAUACUGCACUUUCACAUCAUCAAGGAUAUGGUAUGAAUACAGACUUGGUUGUGUUAGGGUAAAAAUACUGUGCAUUGAAAAUAUAACAGCAUAUCCAUUAAAUUUAAGAUUAAUUACAUUAAAUUUGGCUGAUGUGAGUGAGGUAUUGAGAUUUGUUUUGUUUUGAGAUAAUUCCAACUGAGAUCUGGCUCAUUGUCAGUGUUCCAGUUUAUGCCAAAGGUGUUGGAUGAGGUUGAGGUCAGGGCUCUGAACAGGACAGUCAAGUUCUUCUCUAUCAAACUGUGGAAAUGAUUUCUUUAUGGAGCUGGCUUUGUAACUGGGGGCAGUAUCAUGUUGAAACAGGAAAGGGACAAGCACAAACUUCUUUUUCAUUGGAACUAAACAGCCGAGACCAAAAGGACAAUAACGUAUGUGUUUCAAAAAUCAACUUGUCUCCUCAGGAAAUCAUCAUUAUCCUUACCUUCAUCUUCAUCAUCCUCAUGAUGCCAUCCAUGAGUGUGACUCAGGUGUUCCUGCUGUUGGCAGUUCUCCACAUCACCAUAUCACUUCCUGUCAGGGAUGACGAUGAGGUGGAGAGUUUUCUGACUCAGAUCAGAAACCUGAACGCACCGUGGUCUAUGUCGGGGGUGAACUCUGCAGACACUCUGCUCAAGGCCAGACUCGGGCAACUGCUCUCUGCAGGUCUGGACCGCAGGAGGCAGCUGGGAGAUAUCGAGUUCUCCAACAGAUACGCAGAGUUCCUGCGAUCCAAAGCCAAACACAGCUCCAUCUGCGCCUUCCUGCGCCGCAUGGAGAGCGUCAAGAAGAGCGGGGUGGGAGGAGACAUGGAGAGGGUGAACCUGCUGCUGAAACAGUACAUGUGUCCGUCCGUCUACAACAACUGGGCGACUGACUUGUAGAAGUCACUCAGCAGAGAGAGAGAGAGAUGUAAAGCUGGUGUUAGAAGGACAAACACU